CAAUUAUCCAAAAUCUGUGAGGAUAAUAGCGUUGCUGAGAAAAGUGAGCCGGAUUUGUUACUCUACUAUUUCCUCCGUGGCGGCUGCGUUUGAGGUUGAGAGAAACUGCUAUACUGAGGAGUGAGGAAGAUAAAGGGAGUUAUCAGUGGUGAGGAUAAAUCAAGACAGGGUUUUUGCUUGCUUAAGCAAUAAGAACCUGUGUGUUGAAUCAAUCCACCAGUGGAAGGACAUGGAAAUGGGAGGGAUAGCUAGAGCCAGAAGUAUUUCAGGAGGGUUUAGAAUUAAAACUGUUGUGCAUUGUUCUGCUAGAAGUUUCUCUAGAUCGUUUUCGCAGAGAGUCGAUGAAGGGAGUGGUGUGGUUAGAGUUGGAAAGUCACUUCCUUGGUUGAAUUCUAAGAAAGUUAAAGAAGCAAAAGGGUUGGAGAUUGGGGCAAGUGGAAAGAGUAGUAAUUCUUACAGGGGGGAGUCUGUGAAAAGAUUGGAGAAAGUUAGUGGUGACUCUUCCUGGGUGAAUUCGAGGAAAAGGUUAGAGAAAGGAACUGUUGCAGAAACAGGUUACUCAUCUUGGGAGGAGUCUAAGAAAAGGUUAGAAGAAGUGGCUGUCGGAAAAACUGAACGAUCUUCUUGGGAGGACAUAGCAGAAGCUGCUUCUGGGAGAGAGAAUAUUCACAAGGUGUGGAAUAAAGAAAGUACAAGGAGAAUGGUGGGUGCUGCUAAGAACAAGCCAAGUGGUUAUGGUUACAAUGAAAGGGAAGAUGGUGUUGAAGGAGGAGAAGCAGAAGAGGAUCUGGAGGUUGUUGAUGAUCCAAGAUGGGAUAAGAUCAAAAAUAGGUUCAGAGGAAGGGUGGGUGUGAGAGGCCAGACUGAGAAACCUGAUUUUCAAAGGUGGAAUAGGCAGGACAAUUGGGGUAGAAAGACAUGGAAAGAGGCUACAGAAUUUACUGUUCCUAAGAUUGUUGGUGAAGGGGUUUUUGGGGUGGGUCCUGUUUUGGCUGCAUUAUCAACUGGAAGAAGAGAAUUCUAUGCAUUGUAUAUUCAAGAAGGGUUGGAUUUGAGUGGCAAUAAUAGGAAGAGGAAGGACAAGAAAGGGUUUGAGAAAGUGUUGAGGAUGGCUAAGAAAAUUGGGUUAAGCACAAAGGAAGUUUCAAAGCAUGACCUUAAUAUGAUUGUUGAUAAUCGCCCCCAUCAAGGCCUUGUUCUUGAUGCAUCUCCAUUGGAGAUGGUGAAAAUACAGGAAUUAGAUGCAGUUUUACCUGAUGAAGAAAAGGGCUCUCUUUGGGUAGCCUUGGAUGAGGUUACAGAUCCUCAGAAUCUGGGGGCAAUUAUCAGGUCUGCUUACUUCUUUGGGGCUUCAGGGGUGGUGCUAUGUGCAAAAAAUUCUGCUCCAUUGAGUGGAGUUGUGAGCAAAGCAAGUGCAGGUUCACUUGAACUAAUGGAGCUUAGGUAUUGCAAAAAUAUGAUGCAAUUCUUGGUUUCAUCAGCUGAAAAUGGAUGGCGAGUUCUUGGUGGUUCUGUUUCUUCAAAAGCUGUUUCUCUGAGUGAGGUUUUGCCUGGUCAACCCACAAUCCUUGUUUUGGGCAGUGAGGGCACUGGUUUGAGGCCAUUGGUGGAGAGAUCAUGUACUCAAUUAGUUCGAAUCCCUGGAAAUAUUCCUGUUGAUGCAACUGUGGGAGGAGGUGAUGAAGUGAAAGAUGAAGAAAUAAAUCUUGAGUGCUCGAGUGCAGAGUUCCGAUCCUUUUUGGCCGUGGAGAGCUUGAAUGUCAGUGUUGCAGCUGGUGUGCUUCUUCACCAUUUAAUUGGAAACAACAAUGAGAAUCGCAGCAUCGGUCAUACUUCAACAGUCGUACUGGAAUGACUUUUCAUGGAUGUUUUGCAUGACAAGCUAAAUUUCAGUUACAAAGAAACUAGUUGCUUUCUCCUUCCCUCUUGGUGUUAUAUAGGAGCUGCAAUUUUAUCAGCGUUGUUCAGAUUUCUUUGAUGAUGAAGCUAGAUUAAAAGUAUAUUAUUCUCUGGCAUUUUGAAACCAUCAAACAUGCAUGGAAGCACUUCCACUUUCGUAUCUCCAAUUGCAAUAGCAAGAGUUUUAAUGGCCAUGGAAUCAAGUUCUUUUUGUCCUGUCAGUAAUCAACUUUUGCAUUGAUCCAA